AACAAACAAGGAAAGCGCACAAAGCACAGCGGAAAAGUCGAAGCGCUGUAUAAUAAGGAAAACGCAUAGGUCAAAAGAGUGUGAGGUUGGUAUAAUUUCUGUGCUUUUCCAGUAAAAAGCCUAUUGAUUUUACCAAACAAGAGAACAUAUAGCAUUCUAUUCUACGAGAAAUUGCAUUUGUUCUUUCCAAGCAGAACUCAAUUUUGACAAGAGAAAAUGUCUGUUGAACAGAAGCGCGCUUACAAUAAAUUGAAGCACGACUUGGAGCCGUGGCGUAAUCUCAUCGUACACCUAGAUUCGGUGUUAAGCUGGGAGAAGAGUUUUUAUCCAGCAGUCAUUGCUGCAUCAAUUACGACAUUCUACUUGCUCCUAUGGGCAUUAGAUAUGUCUACGGUGACAACGCUGGCAUUGGCGGGUCUCUUUGCGCUGGCAAUAGAUUUUGUUUAUCCAUCAGUGUCGCGGUUUUUCUUCAGCCCAGAUAAUUGGAAUGGAAAUCAGGAGGAACAAUUUGAGCGAGUCUGCACGCAGUUGUGCAAUCUUAAAUUAAUGCUUGGCGGUUGGUAUGAGUACCUCUUCUCUGCUAAGGAGCGCAAAUCGACUUUGUUUGUGACUAUUAUGAGCGUUGCACUGUUGUCACUCGCUUGGAUUGGCGCCAUAAUAAAUAAUCUACUUCUCAUGUAUUUCAUUACCAUGGUGUUGACUUUGUAUCCGGGCAUACAGGAAAAAGGCGUUUUCUACAAGAUCAAAGAUUACUUUGGCUGCGCCGUGAACUCUAAACUACAGCAGUUGCGUGAAAAAAAUAAGAAAGCUGAUUAAGGAGUGGGUGAGAAAUGAGAAGAUUUUUCGAAAGAAAUACGUUCUAAGCAUGUCCGAUAGACAUUGCACGGGUGUUUUUUUCUGGGUUUUUUUUUUCAAAUUUCGGUCUACACUUCACGCAAGAUCUUAUUUUACAUUUUAAAUAAUUUAUUUGUCUUAGCUUUGAAUUUGUGGCAUUAUAGGUUCAUAAUGUCAUUUAUAACAAAACUUUUCAUGGAAACUCUAUAUGCUGAUUGCACCUUUUUAUGUUCAACUUUUCCAUUUAAUGUAAAAAGCAUAUGACCAAAGCUAAUUAAAUUAUCGAAAUCAUGAAAUAUUAAGAAUUUAAAUAAUAAAUAAUGAGCGAAUAUGCGCAAAUUUAUCAAAUAGAUAUUAAAUAUUACGAUAUUCUAUAUUGAAAGUUUGAUCCUCUACUACAUAGAUUUCUAGUGAGUAAGCUUUAUCUAAAACAUCAAAGACACAUUGAACAAAUAUUUAAGCAAAUCACCAAAAAAUUUGCAAUCGAAUGUAGUUAUAAAGAAUGCAAAAUACUCCAUCAACCAAUAAUACUUAUUUCAUGUAGUUUUACAUCACAAGAAAGUGGGCAUUUCUUUAUAAUGUUACCAUUAAAGCUUAGUGCCAUUAAAAAAAAAAAAAAAAUAA